AUGAACGAGAUUAAUUUAGUACCUGGACAAACAAUUCUGAUUGAACUAGAAGAAGAAUGUUUGCUCGGGAAAAUAUUACAUAUUGGUUCCGGUAAAUCCUUCAUCCGCAUGUCGAAUGUGCGUGAUGUGGCCACGAGGACCAAUUUGGGAAUUCAAACUUACUACCAUUCUGAAAUACGUAGCAUUCAAAUAGUCGCUGCUGACAACAAUAUUUCGCAACCAAGCGAUCUAGCGCGAAGUGACGAUAGUUUGCGUGCGGUGGAGGAUGGCGCAAUUAAGUAUAAACAACUUUCACUUUCUUCUCUGAAUGAACUAUUUGAGCAGAUCAACCGUUAUGUUUUCAUUCACCAAACGGACAUCAAGUAUCACGAUUCCAUUCGAUUCUUAAAGAAUCAACGAUAUUUUGGAAUAGCAAUGGAAGGCAUUCAAAAUGGUCGACAUUCCAAGUCCCCAUCACUACUUACGAUUUCCACCUUUGAAUCGAUAUACAUCUUUGACAUCAAAUGGGUAAAAAUUACUGAAGAUAUACGCGAUUUGCUGACCAAUGAGCGAUAUAGACGCGUGAUACAUAACGAACGAUUGAUAAGGGACGCCCUGCAACAUAAAUAUAAUAUUUCUCUGGGAAAGUGUUUCGACGCUAUGGUGGCUCACAUUGCUAUCAGCAAGUCGGAGGGAAUUCACGUAGACAACGUGAUUCCUUUACAAACGUGCGUCGCAAGCUAUCUGAAAAUUCCGGAAAAGUUUUUCAACUCCAACGUCUGCUAUGAGUCACGGCCAUUGAACGAUGAGGCAAAACAAGAAGCGGCGAAGAAUGUAGUCUUUUUAUUACCCUUGCAGGAACUGUUCAUCCAUGAAAUUAUGUUGGAACCGUUUUAUCAUAGCUGCAGGAAAUAUUCACACAGUUUGUCAAGUAAUCCCGAUUUUAUAAAUAGCUUGACUGAACUGCAAGACAAUGAUUGUAGCGCUUUAGAAAUGAUAGAACCAAAUAUUUUGGGUGUCGAUCUAUCAACGUUAAAUAUUUCUGAGAACGCAGCUGACAAAGACAGCUGACUUCUUUAGUGCGAAAAUCGGAAGAAACAGAAUUAAAUAAUUUCAUGGAUUAGCUUAUGCACCAAUUGUUUUG